UUCUCCCAAAGAAGCAGGAAAGAAGGUUCCAGAAUCCCUAACCCCAAUUUCCAACGUCAACCUCAAGCAGUCACCACUACACUCUCUCUGAAACUUCCCGAACUUCCUCCGCCCCAUAAACUUUCUUCCUCUCCUCCAUUCUCUCUCCUCUUUUCCUUUGGAUCUGCAAAUUCCAUCUCCUGAAAUCCCUAAAAUCUAAUUCCAUCAUUAACUUUCUCUCUCGAUCUGCAUUGUUCUCCCCAUUCCAAAUUAGGGUUUCUUAAUUUGUAAUUUAUUCAGAUUAAGAAAAGAGGAGAGAGACUGUUAAAUAGAAAAUGGAGGGAGGAGCUGAACAAACAUCUUCCUACACGUAUUGGGUCAGGGAAUCCACAGCGGAGGCUGCGCCAUUGCCGGUUCCCAAGAAGCUUUCUGUUCAGGAUUUGUCCAAUCAGCCUCCUCAACCCCCUGUUCUUGGUUCUCUAUGGAAUUCGGCUGGAACAUGGGAAGAGAAGAACCUUAACAAAUGGGCAACUGAUAGGAUUAAGGACUUGCUCAGAUCUAUUGGCUCCCUGGAGUUUACUAAUGGCACAGCAGAAGUGACUAAAGUAUCAAGCUGCACAGGCGAUGCCUUCUUGGUGACUGUUCGUAACAAGAAACGUGUUGGCUAUACUUACGAGCUAACCAUUGAUGUCAAAGGUGAAUGGCUAGUUGAUGGGGAGAAGAAGAAGGUCAAAGGGUGUCUAGACAUCCCAGAGUUUUCAUAUGGUGAAGUAGAUGACUUGGAGGUUACUGUGAAGAUAAAUGAAGGCAAGGAUUUGCCGCACCAAGAUAAGCAGAGUAUUAUCCAGGAUUUGAAGUCAUUUUUGCAACCCCUCCGUGAAAAACUAUUGCAGUUUGAACAGGAACUCAAGGAGAGGUAGAACGAUCAGCGUACCUCUAUAUGUACUCAUACUAAUUUGUUGUUCUCACUAGUUUCAGAAAUUAUGUAAUAUUAGAAUUGGUUGCAAGAUGCCUCAACCAAAAUGUAAGGUUGGAAGCUUAGUUUUUCAGGAAUCUGUGGACUCGGGUUCCUCUGUGCUUUUCGAUCGUUCAUUUGUAUGCAAAAUGCUUGCAUGAAAGCAAAAAUUUGCUUUGAUUUUCGGAUA